AUGACUAAAAAAGUAGUGCUAUAGAAAGUUCAAAACUAUAAUCCUCGCCUUCUCUUCCCGGAGACUUUCCCCUCUCCCUCCAAAAAUGAGACUCGCUUUAGAUUUUCUCAGCCAUCACUUCCCGGCGACGCUCCUUCUCCUCCUUCUCCUGUCUUGGCCGGGAAAUGCCCUAUUCGCCGAGAAGUGCCCCAACUGCGGCGGCACUCCGGUCCCUUACCCACUCAGCACCGGCCCCAAUUGCGGUGAUCAGCUCUACAAGAUCCGUUGCAAUAGCGGCGGGCUGUUUUUCAAUACGCUCAACAACUCUUAUAAGAUUUCAUCCAUCAAACCGGAGUCCCAACGGCUGACGAUCGAGCCGUCGGCGUUCUUACCGGACACCUGCGUUACAGAGGAUAUCUCAACUGGCGGUAUACUCCUCAAUUCCUCCCUUCCCUUCAAUAUCACUAGCAGCAACACCGUUCUGUUCCUCAAUUGUACCAAAGCGCUGCUCAACUCCCCGUUGAACUGCUCCUCCAGCAGCCUCUGCCACACUUAUAUCAAUGGAAGCCUAACCGCCGGAAACGCCAUCGGCGCGUGCUCCGGCGCACCAAUUUGUUGUACCUUUAGAGCUGGCGGGUCGUCAACGGCCGACAAGAUUCGGGUUAGGAUGACGGGUUGUCGUGCAUACCGAGUCUUUGUGAACCUGGAUGGGACUUUGCCCGUCCGCAAGUGGGCCAAACCCGCGGUUGAAUUGGAGUGGGCUUUGCCGUCGGAGCCUUUAUGUAGCUCCCGAUCGGAUUGUAAUUCUGAUUCUACAUGUCAACCGGACGUAAAUUCCGGUAGCUCAGUCAGCAGAUGUUUCUGCCACGCAGGACGACACUGGGACCCGACGCUUGGAUCAUGUGCUCUCGAUGUUUGCAAGGAUGGAUGCGGAAAUGACAAAACUGCCCUCAUAGCAGGAUUAACAUCAGGGUUGGGUGUGACAUUGGUUGCUGCACUAGUUGGAUUUUUUGUGUACAAACGUUACCAGCGCAUUAAGGAAGCUCGUGACCGUCUUACCCGAGAACGUGAAGCCAUACUUAACUCCGGUGGUGUAAAAUCGGCAAAGCUCUUCAAUGGGAAGGAAAUCAAGCGAGCGACAAGCAACUUUUCCAAAGAGCGACUUCUCGGCGUGGGCGGGUACGGCGAAGUCUACAAGGGAAUCCUAGAUGAUGGGACAGUGGUCGCCGUUAAAUGCGCGAAGCUGGGCAACGCUAAAGGAACGGACCAAGUUCUGAAUGAGGUGAGGAUAUUGUGUCAAGUGAACCACAAGAACCUAGUGCGCCUUCUCGGCUGUUGCGUUGAGCUGGAGCAGCCCUUGUUGGUGUAUGAGUACAUCCCAAAUGGUACUCUCCUUGAUCAUUUCCGCGAGGGAAAGGGUAACCACGAGUGCCUCACAUGGACCCACCGCCUAAAAAUUGCUCGGGACACCGCUGAGGCACUCGCUUACCUCCACUUCUCUGCAUCUCCCCCCAUCUAUCACCGAGAUGUCAAGUCCAGUAACAUUCUCUUGGAUGAAAAGCUCAAUGCCAAGGUAUCUGAUUUCGGCCUAUCGCGUUUGGCUCAUACAGACAUGAGUCAUAUAUCCACAUGUGCUCAAGGCACUUUAGGAUAUCUUGAUCCGGAAUACUAUAGGAACUAUCAACUCACCGAUAAGAGUGACGUUUAUAGUUUUGGAGUUGUCUUACUAGAGCUCUUGACAUCAGAGAAAGCUAUAGAUUUUACCAGGGAUCCAGACGAUGUGAACUUGGCAGUUUAUAUUCAACGGUUAGUUGAGGAGGAGAAAAUAUUGGAAGGUGUGGAUCCCUUGUUGAAAGAAGGGGUAAGUAACUUGGAGUUGGAGACCAUGAAGGCACUCGGGUUUCUGGCCAUGGGCUGUUUGGAGGCUAGGAGACAAAACAGACCUUCCAUGAAAGAAGUUGUGGAGGAGAUUGAGUAUAUAAUUAGCGUGUCUACUGAUAAGGAUGAGAAUUAAUAAGGACAAGAGAAUAUAAAUAUGUUUACUUUGAUUUCCCAAGUGUUGGUGUAAUGGUGUUUCUUUGUGUAAUGUUGAGUAAAUAUUUUUAUGGACCAAAAUGUACAAUCAACUGUUAAAUUUGUAUAUGUGAGUAGUGAGUUACAUAGUGCGCCCCCGAUAUUAUUGAAUGCACAUUAUUUGAACUAAAUUA